AUGACGAGCCUCAAAGACUUCCGUGUUCUCACCUUUGAUGUCUACGGUACCUUGAUUGAUUGGGAGACUGGUGUGCUGGCAGCUUUACAGCCCCUCCUUGAGGAGAACCAGCGCACCGACUUCUCCCGCAGGCAUCUCUUGGAAGUACACCAAGAUCACGAAUACAAACAGCAAACAAAGACCCCAGAACUGCCGUACUCUGAACUCCUCACAACCAUCCACCCGCAGAUAGCCGACAAGCUCGGGCUGGCCGCGCCCUCUCCAGAGUCCUCGAAAGCCUUUGGGGACUCGGUGGGCCGUUGGCCUGCCUUCCCGGACACGGUCGACGCCCUGCGCCGCCUGGGCAAGUACUACAAGCUCGUUGUUCUCUCCAACGUCGACCGCGAGUCCUUCGCCGCUACCAACUCGGGGCCCCUCGCAGGUGUCCCGUUCGACCUGGUGAUCACCGCUCAGGAUGUUGGGUCCUACAAGCCUGACCAACGCAACUUCGAAUACAUGCUGGCCAAGGUCAAGGGAAACUUCGGGGUGGAGAAGGACCAGGUGCUGCAGACGGCGCAGAGCCAGUUCCAUGACCACCACCCGGCGAAGGAGGCGGGGAUCAAAUCGUCUUGGAUCGUGCGGCCCGGUGCGGUGAUGGGAAACAGAGAGCGUGAGGUGUACGACUGGAAGUUUGACACCUUGGGUCACAUGGCAGAUGCCCUCGAAAAAGAACUGGCUUGA